CGACAGUGGUCGCUGGGAGACGGUGUGUGGCUGCGGGUGAGGGAGGCGCGCCACGAGGAGCGCGUCAACAACAACAACACAACACCGCCGCCGCCGCCGCCAUGCGUAUCGAGAGGUGUUACUUCUGCUCGAGCAAGGUGUACCCGGGCCACGGCAUGCAGUUCGUCAGGAACGACUCCAAGAUCUUCAGAUUUUGCCGGCCAAGAUGUCAAAAGAAUUUCAAGAGGAAGCGAAAUCCACGCACUGUUCGAUGGACCAAGUCUUUCAGGAAGGCAGCGGGCAAAGAGCUGACUGUUGACCCCUCUUUCGAAUUUGAGAAAAGGAGGAAUAUUCCAAUUAAAUAUAAUCGGGAAUUGUGGCAGGAAACACUGGAAGCGAUGAAGAAGGUGGCCAAGAUCAGAACAAAACGUGAAGGCAAGUUUGUAAUGGACCGCCUCAUGAAGAGUCGGGAGUACCAGCGUGUUGCUGAUAUUGUGGAAGUGAGGAAAGGCAUGAGCCUCAUCAGAUCUCCUGCAGCUGGCCUAAGGAAAAAGAAAGUAGUUGAGGAAGAGAUGGAAAUGGACGACAACGUAGCAGAGAGGAUGGAAGCAGGACCCUCGGGAGAUACAAAGGAGAAGGAAAAACUUGCUCGUGAGGAGGAAAUGUCUGAAGACGAGGACAAAAUUGCAGAGAAUGAUGACGACGAUGACGCCAAAAGAAAAAUGAACCCCGAAGACAGUGACAGUGAUGAAUAAAAAUAUAUAUAUAUCGACUUAAUGAAACACGGUUGAUUUCAGGUAUUUAGUGCAUUCAUUUUCAUUAAGAUCGACCAUGUAAAUUGUUUUAAUUAAUGUUUUUGUUUGUUACAGGUUAAUAUAUUUAAUAUGUUAAGACAAUUGGUAGAAUGAUUGAAUUGGUAAUGCUUUGAACUGAAAACCCAUGAAAAUUAUUAUUCAAGAAAAUUUUAAGACAGUGUCUGUGGUCAUUUAAAUCGUAAAGAGGUUGUAAGGGUCGUGUGUCCUACCUGGGUGGUGGUAGCUUGUUAUACUACAGGAGAGAAGAGAAUAUGUUGUGUGUUCAUGGAGGCUUAUACAAAACUAGUAUAACUGUAGCAUAUUCUGCUCCAACACAUUAAAUAUGAAUAAAGAA